CCACGACACGGACGACACGGACGACACGGACGACACGGACGACUCUGGACUUGCCGGACGGACGUCCAAACGCGCACGAACGACCAAAAAGGCAGGGGCAGGGGCAGGGGCGCCGGUCGAGCUCUCCGAAGUGCGCAUCGCAGAGCUGUUUCCGCUCGACCUCAACCCAGUCCCGGUGCAAACCGAACUCCAAGCGGUCUCGGGAGGCAAGCUGACAGCCGCUCAGCUGCACGAUGUGCGGCAAACUGGCGAGUUUUCGGUGCCAUCGCAAAGCGAGCCCGAUCAGCAGCACGUUUGGAGACUGUCGUCGUGGCUGCAGCAGGGCAAGUUGCGCGUCUGGGCUCGCUUUAGCCGGUUCCUGUGCGCCUCGGCUGAGAUGGUCUGGUGCACAGUGCCAGAUGUUCUCGUGCGCAAUUCCAACUUUAGCGUGGUUGGAGGAGUCCAGUCCCUUGCUCGUGGAGGCUACAGAGUGCUCGACCUGCUGAUUGGCAUGCGCGCAAUGACAAACAAGUAUUCAGACUCUGAUAUUGAAACGUUUGUGGCCCGCCGGCGAGCUUGGCAUCUCCUCCGAGGCUUGAAAAUGACGGCCGUCCCGUUCGUGUUUGUCGACUCGGAAGGGACGGAAGUGGAUCUUCGAUUCGCCCACCCGCACAUUCGCUCCAAACUAUCCAGCGCCCUGCACAAGAUUGCAACAGAAGUGGAGAGCGCUUGGAAUGACUCUCGUGCAGAAUUUCGUGGCAUGGUCAAGCAGUACAUUGCGGCCAAUCCAUCCGCGCUCCCAAGCAGCAUUACACUCACGGCCUUCCUCGAUCACGCUUGCGUCAAUGAGCAAAACCGGCGCUUGCUCAACGCAAUCCGGACUGACGCAAAGCUGGACGCGCUCGCUCCGGGCAUUGGAUCCACGUUGCACCAGUUGGUGCUCGGAAGUCUUCUGGCCACGCUGACCCAGAGCGAGCUGUCUUAUCGCCUCGAUCAGCUGCACAGCACCGUGCAGGCAGAUCUGCAGAAGAAGCAUCCCAUUCUGUCUCAAACCAGUUGGCUGGCUCGAGCAGUGAGCGCCGCCGAGGCGCCCUCGCGCGCCGCCAUUGAGGCCGAGUUCAACCCGACACUGCUGGCGCGCGCGCGACAGGCGCAGCUGCCGCUGUUUGUUUUCCUUUUGCAGCGUUUGCAAUCGUUUGAUCCGCGCCCCAUCAUCAAACAGUACAGCAGCAUUGUUACGCCAAAGUACGAGCUUGUCAGCAAACGCAAGAUCUGGAACCCCAACAACUGGAUUAUCACCGAUACCGCACGAACGGAUCGCGACAACAAUGAAGUGGACCGAAUCGAUCGGACCGAGCCGGGCCAAGCCGACCUCAACCCGCCCGAGCUGACUGAAGCACAGCUCGAUCGGCUCAUUCUGAGCCCGGAGCUGGCCAAGGAGCGUGCCGCCCAGCGUCCGUUCUCGGGCACGACGCCCAGUCGUGGUGUUAUUGGGCCGCAUUGGAAUGUGGAAACCUCCAUUGCCUACCGCAUCACCUCUCGUUUCCCCGGCUGGCGCCUUGCUCUCAUCGCCCAGCGCUCGUUUGUCUAUUCAUUCAACAUUUUCUUUGUUGCGGUGUUGGGUUCGCUCAUUUCGGGGCCCUUUGGUGUCCGCGCGCUGUUCGAGCGGCAUGAUUUCCCGCUUGGCAAGCAGAUCUGGAGCGACGGGCGGGAGCGCCCAAUGGUCAUCCCAAACCGCAUCUGCGUGUCGACACUUUGGACUCGUCUGAAUCGCUUGCAUGCGCAUGUCCAUCAGUGCCGCGUCGAAUAUGAGGCGACGAUGGACAAUGGCAUCAUUGGCAAAGGCUUUUCGCGACCCUUCCACAUUCUGUGGCACCGUGGUAUCGUCGGCGGCCUCGGCUCGGUCAUGCUUCUCGUCGGCCAGCCCAUAUUGACAGUGUUGAAUGUCGGGCUGUCGCUUGCGGCCGGCGUGGGCGCUCCCGCGAUCGCUCUCGGUGUCGCGCUGGCUCGCUACCUUGCCGACAUUGUCCUCUAUGACUCUAGCACGAAAGGAUCAUCCCACCGCGGCCUUCCCCUCUUGCAAGUCCUCUUCCGUAACCUGCUCGAUGGCUUGGUCAAGGUCGUCGUGCCGCUGAUUGCAGGUCUUGCCGUCCUCCCGAUCGCCGCAGUGUUUGUGGUGCUUUUUGGCGCAAUCCUGAUGGUGGCUUCUUCCAUUUGGGACACUGUGGUCUUCAACGCAGUGUUGCGUCAUCGCGCUCGCGUUCCACGGUCGGAUACAUUCCUUGCCGUUCGUGUGAAAGGCCCUGGUCUCAUGCUGCAGCACUUUUACCAGGCUGAUCCGUCGCAAGUGCUUCUCACAUUGCGCCUCUUGCUCGAGCGCAAGCAGCUGCAGGCGUAUCGAACUGCACAAGAGGCUGUUUUGCGCUUCCCCCUCGACCGGCUCGAGCAAACCAAGCGCCUGCUCUUCACGCCGCUCUCGUUGACGGUCGACUCGGACGCGCCCUACGAAAAGCACCUCAAGGCGCGUCACCAACACUUCCGCCAUCUGAUGGACAAGAUGAUUGAGCAACGCGAGCUCGAUCUGGGCCUGUACUUUCACUCGAGUGGCUCGCGCCGCCUCGACGCGUUCCAGGCAAUCAAGCACGCGGGCUCGAUCAAGCUGACACGCGCAGACCUGGAGCAGGUGCUCACCGCCGCCGAGGCCAUGGUGGCAGAGUUUUACACGACCAACAUUAUGCCGCUGCUCGGUCUGGAUGCCCUUGUUCGCGCACACGAGCUCGACUUGAAUGUCUCCGAAAGUGAGUGGCGGCAGACGGACAUGGCCAGACUGGUCGAGCGUGGCCGCAAGGUCCUGUGGACGGGACGCUCGCAUCCCGACGACUGGGACGGCCUGUCGCGCGAGCUGUUGACGAGCAUCUUUGUUGCCAUCUUGUCGCCCUUGGAGGACACGGACGUGUCGCACCGCCUCAAGCCCCGCCACAUUACACCCUCGCGCUACAUGAACAUGCUCGUCUCGGGCGACUGGCAAGACACGCUCGAGACCGUUCGUGUGGUUGUCGAUGCAGCAACUCCAGCCGCUCCAGCAGUUGCUGCUACACCCGAAGACCAGUGCGUGUACCUGCAAAGCAUGGCCUCGCUGAUGCAAAACUUCAGCACCAAUGCUGCUACUGCUCCCGUCGUCGCUUCCUCCCAGCCCUUCCUCGUCGCCCAAUUCGGCACCCCAACGCUGCUCAACUCCACGAGCCAAGUUCCCUCGGUUGGGCACAUUUUGAGCGGGGACCAGCUUUUCGAGUCCCGCUACAACGCGGCUCAUGUGCCUGUGCAUCGCUACUGGCUCGGUUUGCGGCCGGAUCUCUCUGAAUUCGGUGUUGGUGGUGUGACUACAAAUGGCCCAGUCGCAGCACCCUCCUCAGACCUUGGUUCUACUCGGCUUGCUGCGAGUGGGAGCCUGGCUACCUCUUCGGAGACGUUGCUGAGAUGAUGAUGAUGAUGAUGUGUUUGUGUUUUGCUUUUAUCUUUGGUUGUUGUUGUUGUUGUUGUUGUUGUUGU